GUGAUGAUUUUUUUUUUUUUUGUACUAGUGAGGCUAGACCAGUAACUCUACCUGGGCUCUGGGUAAGACGCAGGGUAGGAAAAUCAAACUUGUCUUAAAAGACGCAGGAACUAAAAUAACAGCUUAGUUGUUUAGGCAAUGCUCUCUACUCCUACUGUUUUUUCCCACCUAGAAUCACAGAAAUGAAGGGCUGGAAGGGACCUCAAGAAAACAUCAAGUCCCACCUCCUGUGUCCAGCUUUGCUGUGUCAAAGCUUUACUGAAACAGAUCUAAUCUUAGUGGAAGGAUACGAUGCAUAACCUGUUCUCUCCUCUUUAUCUGAGCUACUGGAUCUAAACACCCUAGGGAUUCCACAGGGCAGCAGUUGGGGUGGCAGCAGCUACCGAGCAGGCAUGGGCGGGUGAAAUGCCCAAGGCCGGCUGAGGGGGAGAAGGGAUGAUGACCAGGUGUUCAGAGAAGUGGGACUGAGCCUGGCUCCUUGGAAAGUCCCUGUCCACAGGGGCUGACCCUGUCCUUUCCGUUCUGAAUCUCUAGUGUGCAAGGCGGUGGCUGGGCAGAUGGAACAACAUAACCCAUAAAAUUCUCUCCACAGCUAAAUCCUCCGACGCAGACAAAACAGAGGACUCUGGUGAAAGGAGACAGAACAAGGAUGCCACACACACUGGAAUCAACGUGGUUCGAGCUUGCUGUGGGCUUGUUGACCAGGGGAAUAGAAGAGUGCCAAGAAUAAUUUUGAAACGGCUCAUUCGAACACCGCUCAGACGCAGCCUGGCUGGUUGAGGGUCCAGAAAAAAAACUCGGGCUCAAAUUGUAAUUGCAACAUCUUUUCUCGAGUGACCCUGCAUAGCCAAUCUGUGGCUGAGUUGCAAUUGAGUGAGCUGCUUUGAAAUUCUUUAUGAAUGGCACUGCCAGCACUCCUCGUCCCACUGUGAACAGGACCAUAGGUACAGCGAAUUCCCGAAACACGUAUUUAAAGCAACAUGCCCCUUUUGGAGACCACAAGUCUUGCAGAGCGAGAGAAGAUGGGCGCUGGAUCGUGUCCUGUUGAGAAGAUGGCGGCAGAGCCACUCCUGAAUUCCCAGGAAGCCCAAGUGAAACGCAAUGGAGAGACUCUUGUAGAUGUCACUACACAUGGCGGAGAGAGAAGCAAAAGUUCUCCUAUAGGCUGUCUGUCAAGGAUCAAGUCAUGGGCACGUCCUUUCACAAUUCUGAGUGUGGUUCUCAGUAUCGUUCUCAUCAGUCUCCUUAUUGCGUGGUCAGCAGAGGGGAAGGGAAAAAUCUCUGAUCCUGUUAUUUCCUCAUCUCCAGUGAGAAAAUCUGAACUGUGUCUGGCUGAUCCUAAAUCCCCAGAGGCCUCCUGCCCGGAUGGCUGGGUCGGUUACCGAGGGAAAUGCUACUAUUUCUCAGAGACGGAAGGGAACUGGACCUACAGCCAGAGCCAGUGCUCUGCACUUAAUGCCUCCCUGGCUGGGAUCGACAGUGAGCAGGAAAAGGUUUUCAUGAUACGCUACAAAGGGCUCCCUGACCACUGGAUCAGCUUCUGGAGGGAACCUUACGGGAUCUGGAAAUGGGCCAAUGGCACCGACCUCAACAAUGGGUUUGAAAUACGAGGCGGAGGGGAAUGUGCUUAUCUGAACGAAGUUGGAAUUGGUAGUUCCAGGUGUUCCACAAGGAGGAAUUGGAUUUGCAGCAGACCUUCAGUCAAUUGUCACUGGUGCUAAGUAACACCCCAAGCAGAUUGAUUCUCAGUCACUGCUUGGCCUGAGAAAUCAAUUUAUUUUGUUUCAGUCACGAGAGGAACAUAGGGCACUGGUGCAACCACAUUUUUAAAAAAAGGAAUUGGACAUAAAUGGGUGUCAGAUGCUUGUAGGCAGUCAGAGGAGAGCAGCAAAAAGUUGGAUGGCCUAUCUCCCCUCCAGUCACUUUAGGUCUGUCAGUGUCCAUGCCUCUCCCUGCCAUGCUAAUGGUGCAGAGUUCUCCCCCCUGCUGUGCCGCAGUGGCUGCGUUAGCCUGUCUAGUCACCUCUGGUCUUCACUGUACAGCAUUCAACUUGUGUGCGGAUGCCACUCUCACCUCCCAAAACAAGUCCUCUACUCUCAGCUCUCCCAUGGUCUGAGAUCCCGUGGUCAGAGGAAACGCUACAAAGACACAUUGAAAGCAUAUCUCAAGAAAACUGAUGUGGACAUCACAAGCUGGGAGGAGGAAGCCACCAACCAAUCCCAAUGGUGCCAUAUGCUCCAUCAGGCAGUGGCCCGCUUUGAGGAGAAGCGCCGUGCCCUUCGAAGCUGAAAAGAGAGAGAAGGAAGGAAAAAGAGAACUUUCUCCCAGCAGCCAGCUGACCUGCCAGGAAAUGUCUGUAUCUACUGCGGGCAGCUCUGUAGUUCCAGGAUCGGACCCCUGAGUCAUCUCGGGACCUAUAUGGAAAUCCAUGGUAGAGCUCAUCCUCGAAUCGAGAGAUUGCCGAUCAAUCAGUUGUGGAGCAAACUGGGCCUCCAAAAAGAGCUUGAGAUGAAACCUGAAGAUGUACAACUAUCUGCCGGAAAGAUUGACACUGCUUGGUAUAACAGACCAGGAGUUAACACUAGCAGUGAACUAAAAGGACUUUAAAGUUAGGCAAAGGAUGCUUACAAACCUGAUCAGAACUCCUGGUCUGUAUGAGGUGCAUCCAUUAUAAGACUUUGGAAGAGUUAGUGGGUUUUUUCUAUUCCAGAAGCUGGCUGGCCCAGCUUGAAUGAAGGUUACAGUGAGGCUUUUUAUGAACCCUUGUUUUACAAUCACUCCCUGACAUGCCUUUUUCCCUCCAAACCCAUGACUUCCAACCACAGCUAUAAUCCACCAAAAAAAUGGAAUCUGUGACCAAUAAGCUUGAUGUGGGAGCAAACUCUUACAUGAGCUAGAUAUGACUUAUGGAACUCUCUUCUACAAGAGUCAAAAGAACCCAUGCCUCAGUUACUCCUGGGGGAAUUCUAUGCAAAGGCAGAAUUAAUGUCCCUCCAGAUUUUACUCUUUCCCUGCAGAAGAAUUGAUUCAUAGGCCCCUCCCAGGCAGUGGUGCCCAACAGGCACAUCUGGUUCAGGCAUCGGGAGCAGCCAGGGGAGAUGUAAAUCACAGCCUUAGGGCAGGACUGGGCUCUCUGUCCUUCUCGCUCACUAUUGUGGUGUGCCUGGAGCCAGGAAGGGGCAGCCCUGGAGAAGCUCCAGGUGCUAGUCCCAGCCAGCCUGGGGUGGGAAAAUGGGACUUCCUCUUCCCCUGCACCAGGUGCUCCUGGGGUUGGGGCCAGGUCAAAUCUGUCUCCAGGAAGCUCUGCACCCAGGCUCCAUCGCUGUGUGUGUACACAGGGAGUUGCCCUGUGCAUCUGGACCCUCCUGCCCUCAAACCUCAACUCUGCUGAGCUCUCCACACCCAGACCCUUCUGUCACCAAGCUGCACUCCCCUACACCUAGAUCCCCUCCAGACUAAGCCCCUCCCCACUUUGAUCCUGCUGGGUUGAGCCUGUCCCUCUAGCUUGCUGUGGAGCCAGAUAGGUAAGCUAAUAUGCCCAGUAAGGAAUCCCUGUCGGUUUUUUUUUAAACUGCCUGUAGUGUUUCAGCCAUAGCUGCUGAUGGCUAUUUGGAAACAAUUGUAAACUGGAUGUGUGAGGGGAUCCCUUGGGUGUGGCUUGGGACCAUGGGACCGCUGUGCCCCCCUGAACACUCUCUAGCCCAGGCUGUCUCUCACAAUGCCUUGCUAGUGACCCACAGCAAACCCGUCCAGGUGCUAUCACUCAGCACAACCAAGUGUAGAGGGCCCCACACCCAGCUAGCUUGCAUGAAUGUUCCCAGAGCCACGUGUGAAUCUCACAGAGAGGCACCAGAGUCAAAUCCUGCCCCCCUCCCCAGCUCCCAGCACAGUACCCCAGGAAUAUACAGUCUAAUUUAUGAAUUGGUUCACCACUUUCUCAAUGGAAAGUGGAUCUACACUAGCCUUUGCAAACCUGAGCAAUUUACAUUCACUUCAAGCAAACUCACUGGUAAAGUUAAACAGUAAAACAAGUUUGACUAUAAAAGAUGGAUUUUAAAUCAUAGGCAAAAAGUCAGUUACCCAAAGAAAUCAAAUAUAAGCAUGGGGUCUAAACUUUUGACCCUAUUAGACUGGGCAACAUCUAGAGCAGUGAUCUCCAACCUUUUUUAAGCACAAGUUCACCUUCUACAUUUCAGUACAACCCAGCAUCUACCUCAAAGAAAAUGUAGAAAUAAGUUUUCUUAUAUAAAGGUGAGAUCAAUUGCUUAA